UCCAAGCAUACUAGUGGAGGAGGAGGUGGUGGCGGUGUAUCUAGUGAUUCAGAGGAUGAAGAUAGGUCAAGGUCAAGAUCGAGGUCCAGGUCCAGGUCGAGGUCGAGGUCAAGAUCAAGAUCAAGAUCGAGUUCUUCGAGUUCCAGGUCAAGGUCAAGUUCAAGAUCAAGAUCAUUGUCAAGUUCAGACAGCGAAGUAGCAAAAAAGACAGUGAAGAAGGCUGGCCAGGCCAAGGCAAAGGCCAAGGUUGUGGAGGUGCCAAGGUCUCCAUCACCCAAGCCAAAGGUACAACUCAAGGUUAAACUACCUUCCAAGCCAUUAGCAUCAGCCAAG